AGUCUCCUAAUCUCCUUCGGAUAUAAAGCUAGGUAGCAGUGGACUCUCUCAACCUUCGAGUAUCUCGCAGCCAACUUUGUGAAGGAGAGGCAGCUGCUAGCUAGCUAGGGAAAGCAAGCAUGGCGUCAAAGCCAGGACCUCUCAGCCGCUGGCCAUGGCAAGACCUCGGAAACUACAAGUACGCGCUGCUAGCUCCAUGGGCGGCACGCAGCACGUACAAGUUCGUGACGAGCCGGAGCGAGGAGAGAGACCUCCUCAGCUUCGCCGUGCUGCCGGUGCUGCUGCUGAGGCUCCUCUACAGCCAGCUCUGGAUCACCGUCUCCCGCCACCAGACGGCCAGGAGCAAGCACAGGAUAAUCAACAAGAGCCUCGACUUCGACCAGGUCGACAGGGAGAGGAACUGGGACGACCAGAUCAUCCUGACGGCGCUGCUGUUCUACGUGGUUAACGCGGCGGUGCCGAUGGCGCAAGGGAUGCCGUGGUGGAACUCCAAGGGGCUGGUCGUCUCCCUCGUCCUGCACGUCGGCCCGGUCGAGUUCCUCUACUACUGGUUCCACCGCGCCCUGCACCACCACUGCCUCUACUCGCGUUACCACUCCCACCACCACGCCUCCAUCGUCACCGAGCCCAUAACCUCCGUGAUCCAUCCUUUUGCGGAGGAGCUGGUGUACUUCACCCUCUUCGCCAUCCCGCUGCUGAGCAUGGUGGGAACCAACACCGCCUCCGUGGUGGUGGCCAACGGCUACCUCGUCUACAUCGACUUCAUGAACUAUCUCGGCCACUGCAACUUCGAGUUCGUCCCCAAGUGCCUCUUCGACGUCUUCCCCCCGCUCAAGUACCUCAUGUACACCCCAUCGUUCCACUCGCUGCACCACACGCAGUUUCGCACCAACUACUCGCUGUUCAUGCCGUUCUACGACUACCUGUACGGGACGCUGGACAAGUCGAGCGACGACCUGUACGAGCGGGCGCUGCACGGGCGGGAGGAGGCACCCGACGUCGUCCACCUCACGCACCUCACCACACCCGAGUCCAUCUUCCACCUCCGCCUCGGCUUCGCCUCCCUCGCCUCCGCGCCGCUCGCCUCCAGGCUCCUCCGGCUCAGGGCGGCGUACCCGCUGGCCGCGCUCGCCUCGCUCCUCGGGAGGACCUUCAGGUCCGAGGCCAACAGGCUGGAGAAGCUCAACGUCGAGACGUGGGUCGUUCCAAGAUACACCUCCCAGUAUCGGUCCAAGGAAGGUGUGCAUGCAGUGAGCCGUUUGAUUGAGAAGGCUGUGGCAGAUGCAGAAGCAAGUGGCGCGAGAGUACUAACGCUCGGCCUCCUGAACCAGGCAUAUGAACUGAAUAAGAACGGGGAGCUCUACAUCAUCAGAAAGCCUAACCUGAAGACCAAGAUCGUCGACGGGAGCAGCUUGGCUGCCGCCGCCGUUCUCCAUAUGAUCCCUGAAGGCACAAAGGACGUGCUCCUCCUGGGAAACGCAAACAAGAUCUCGUUCGUGCUGACUUUGGCCCUCUGCGAACGGGAAAUCCAGGUUCAGAUGGUGGAUAAGGAUUCGUAUGACUGUCUGAAGCAAGAGCUCCGUCCAGAAAUGCACAAGUAUCUGGUUCUUUCUUGCAGUUACGACGACAGCAAGGUGUGGCUUGUCGGCGACGGGCUGACGGACCAAGAGCAGAGGAAAGCCCGGGACGGUGUCCAUUUCGUGCCCCACUCGCAGUUCCCUCCCAAGGCGAUCCGCAAGGACUGCGUCUACCACAGCACACCGGCGUUGGUAGUCCCAGACUCGUUUGAGAACCUCCAUGCUUGCGAGAAUUGGCUGCCGAGGAGGGUGAUGAGCGCGUGGCGCGCGGCGGGCAUCGUGCACGCGCUGGAGAAGUGGGACGCGCACGAGUGCGGCGGCAAGGUCACCGGCGUCGACAGGGCGUGGCGUGCCGCGCUAGCCCACGGCUUCCGCCCCUACGACCGCCACGCUGCUGCCGAGUAAGGAUGGAUGGAGCUGCAGAUACGAAGCGUGUCGAUCGGUUACGUAGCUCUGUGUUGGGUUCUUCUGCUGGGUCAAAAAUGCCCAGCCGAUUGAGCGUCGCAGUGUAAUCCUCUCUAUUCCUCUUCCAUCAUCGCUACAUUCUACUACUGUCUUCGUGUGAGGUUAAACAGUAUAAUCACAUUGUUUUCUA